AUGAAAUUGAUCGCGCUGACCGGCCUCGUCGCCGCGGUGGAGGGAGUAUCCGUCAAUCUCCAGUCCAAUUUCCAAUCCAACCUCCAAUCAGCUCUGCAGUCGGUGCUCAAACACGAAACACCAUCGCCCAAUAUUCUCUUCAUUCUCACCGAUGAUCAAGAUCUCCAGCUGAACUCAAUUGCUUACACCCCGCUCAUCUCCAAGCAUAUCCGCGAUCAAGGCACCUUUUUCCGCAACCACUUCGUCACCACGGCACUGUGCUGUCCGUCGCGUGUGAGCUUGUGGACGGGUCGCCAGGCCCAUAACACCAAUGUGACCGAUGUGAGCCCGCCAUACGGGGGAUAUCCCAAGUUUGUCGAGCGUGGCUUCAAUGAGGAUUUCCUUCCCAUCUGGCUGCAAGAGGCAGGCUACGAUACUUAUUAUACUGGCAAAAUGUUCAACGCCCACACCAUUCACAACUACCACAGCCCGCAUAUAAAUGGGUUCAAUGGCUCGGAUUUUCUCCUCGAUCCUUAUACUUAUUCGUAUCUCAAUUCGACAUACCAGCGAAACCAUGAGGCCCCCGUCAGCUACGAGGGGGAACAUACCAUCGAUGUGAUUACGGGCAAGGCACUGGGGUUCCUCGAUGAUGCUUUAGAUGGUGAGAGGCCAUUUUUCCUGGCCGUGUCGCCUGUCGCCCCGCACUCGAAUGUGGACCCGGAGGAUAUCGUCUCUGGGAAGAUUCAAAUGACGGCGCCCAUUCCUCUCCAGCGACACGAGCAUUUGUUCGAGUCGGUCAAGGUGCCUCGCACCCUGAACUUCAAUCCGGACGAGCCAAGCGGGAUCAGCUGGAUUCGUGGCCUUCCCCCGCAGAACCAGUCGGUGGUCGAUUACAAUGACCACUUUUACCGCUCGCGUCUUCGCGCGUUGCAGGGUGUGGAUGAAUUGGUUGAUUCGCUCGUCACGCGACUGGAAGAGAGUGGUCAGCUCGAUAAUACCUACAUUAUCUAUACCUCCGACAAUGGUUUCCAUAUCGGUCAGCAUCGACUUCCGCCCGGGAAGACCUGCGGGUUCGAAGAGGACAUUCGCGUGCCCCUGUUUAUUCGCGGGCCAGGUGUUGCAAAAGGCCAUGUGCAGGAUGCGGUGACGACCCAUAUCGACUUGGCUCCGACCCUUUUCCAUCUGGCGGGCCUUCCAGCUCGGGACGAUUUUGAUGGUGUUGCAAUUCCGGUGACGCCGGAAUUCGAUGGCGAGAGGCAUGAACAUGUCACAGUGGAAUACUGGGGAUCUGCUGUUGUGGAAGGUGCUUAUAGUGGUAUCGGUGUCGACGGCUCCUCCACAAUCCCAAACAACACCUACAAAUCCGUUCGCUUGCUGGGUGAGGGUUACAACCUCUACUACUCCGUUUGGUGCAACAACGAACACGAACUGUACGAUCUGUCGACGGAUCCGUACCAGUUGAACAAUCUCUACCCGUCUACCACCUCCCUGGCCAAUGACAUCGAGCCUCGGAUUCUCGGCCGCAGCUUGGCACAGAUUAUCAGUCGAUUGGAUGCUCUGCUUAUGGUGCUCAAGUCCUGUCAGGGAGUGACCUGCAUCCAGCCAUGGGAUGUGCUUCAGCCGGUAGAUGACGUCAGUAGUCUCCAGGAUGCUCUGCACGAAGAGUAUGAUAACUUUUACGGAGCUCAGCCUCAGGUCUCAUUUGACUGGUGUGAUGCAGGGUACAUCAUCGAUGCUGAAGGCCCGCAGGUGCCGUUGACCAGUCGGCAUGGUGUGUCUUGGGAUAUCUGGGUGUAG